AUGGCAACAUCGGCGCUGUACGCCUGCACCAAGUGUAACCAGCGGUAUCCCUUUGAGGAGCUUUCGCAAGGCCAGCAACUGUGCAAGGAGUGCCGCAUUGCACAUCCAAUUGUCAAAUGCACCUACUGCAGAUCAGAGUUUCAACAAGAAAGCAAAACAAACACCAUAUGUAAGAAGUGUGCUCAGAAUGUCAAACAAUUUGGAACUCCAAAACCCUGCCAGUACUGUAAUAUUAUUGCAGCCUUUAUUGGGACCAAGUGUCAGCGAUGUACAAACUCAGAAAAGAAAUAUGGACCUCCUCAAACUUGUGAGCAGUGCAAACAACAAUGUGCAUUUGAUCGUAAAGAGGAAGGCCGAAGGAAGGUGGAUGGUAAGCUGCUGUGCUGGUUAUGUACUCUGUCGUACCGACGUGUCCUUCAGAAGACUAAAGAACAAAGAAAAGGGUUUGGCUCAAAUUCUUCUUCCCUCAAUGAGAAGGACCACCACUCCAGAUCACAUCAUCACCACCAUCACCAACAACACAGGCACAGCAGCUCCCACCACAAGUUGAGUGGGAGCUUGAGCCCUGAACAGGAGCAGGGACUGUGGAAGCAGAGCCAUAAAUCAUCUUCAAUCCAAAAAGAGACUCCAAAGAAGAAACCAAAGCUUGAGCUAAAGCCAUCUAAUGGAGACAGCAGUUCAAUCACUCAGUCGAUGGAUUCUGGGGGAACGGACAACUUCAUUCUCAUCAGCCAGCUCAAAGAGGAAGUGAUGUCCCUGAAAAGACUUUUACAGCAAAAGGAUCAAACUAUUCUGGAAAAAGAUAGAAAGCUGACGGAAAUUAAGGCCGACUUUCAGUAUCAAGAGUCCAACAUGAGAGUGAAGAUGAACCAAAUGGAGAAAUCGCACAAAGAGUCAAUGGAACAGCAACAGUCCAAAAACAGAGAGCUCAUGAAGCAGGUUGCAGCCCUUUCAAAAGGAAAGAAGUUUGAUCGUACAGGAAGCUCACUGCUGCUGCCCUAA